GCGCAGGUCCGCGGGGAGGGCGAUCUGCCGACCGGCCCACCCUCGGGCGUCAGUGAAGGGCGCCCUCGGUCGCCCCCACAGCCCCCGCCCCAGAUGUACUAUGCGGUUUCCCAGGCGCGUGUGAACGCGGCUCCCGCGACCAUGUUGCGGCCACAGCGGCCCGGAGAUGUGCAGCUCGGGGCUUCGUUGUACGAGCUGGUGGGUUACAGGCAGCCACCCAUCUCGUCAUCCUCCUCCACCUCCUCCUCCUCUACCGCGUCCCUUCUCCCUAAACCUGCGCGUGAGAAGCCUGAAGCUCCGCUCGCUGAGCCUCGGGGACCAGCGCCGGAGUCCGGGGGCGCCCGGGCCGACGCCAAAGAGGAGCAGCAGCAGCAGCAGCUGAGGCGCAAGAUCAACAGCCGCGAGCGGAAGCGCAUGCAGGACCUGAACUUGGCCAUGGACGCGCUGCGCGAAGUUAUCCUACCCUACUCCGCGGCGCACUGCCAGGGCGCGCCGGGCCGUAAGCUCUCCAAGAUCGCUACGCUGCUGCUCGCCCGCAACUACAUCCUGCUGCUGGGCAGCUCUCUGCAGGAGCUGCGCCGCGCGCUCGGCGACGGUGCGGGACCCGCCGCCCCGCGCCUGCUCCUUGCGGGCCUGCCCCUGCUGGCCGCCGCGCCGGGCUCUGUGCUGCUGGCACCGGGCGCCGUGGGACCCCCCGAAACGCUGCGCCCCACCAAGUACCUGUCUCUAGCGCUCGACGAGCCACCGUGCGGCCAGUUCGCUCUCCCCGCUGGUGGCGCGGGUAGCCCCGGCCUCUGCUCCUGUGCGGUGUGCAAGUUCCCGCAUCUGGUCCCCGCCGGCCUGGGCUUGGCAGCGGUGCAGGCUCAGUUCUCCAAGUGAGGGCUGGCUGGUCCCGGGGCGGGGCGCGACCUCAGCCAAUCUUCCCGCGCCCUCGCGUCCUGGAUCUAGGGAGAGCUGGCCCCAGAAAGGAGGACAUUUCCAGACUUCUCACCCAGACGACAGACUGUAGGGCGCCUUCUUCCCCGCCCCCACUCCCUGGCAAUUAAAGUGACCCAAGCGGGUGUUCCAAGGAGCGACGCAGUUGCCUGGGAUUCUAGAUGAAUCCCACCAGUUUAGAGCCAGAAGUCAUUGCCUCCCCACCAUAAGCUCACCCAGUAGCGGAGGUGACACCUCCACCCGGUGGUCUGGUUUUGUACCCGCGAGCAUCGCGGAGACCGGGAGGAUGGUAGCCGGCGAUGCGGUACAAUGGGGUUGGGGUUGCCCUGGGUGCAGCGAAAGGCUGUCCCCGAGCUUGGUGCCCUGGCAUCCGCCAGUUCCCUGGCCUAAGAGCUGCUCCCCAACAGUGUCCACUCAGAGGGGCCUCUUUCCUUGUCUGGGGCCUGAGCGCAUAGGCUCCCUUGCUCUCACCAGCCAAGCCCAUGCGGAUCUAGGAGGUCUAGAAAGCCCAGGCCACGAGUACAAACAUCAAGGGUGUUGCCGAUGGGCCGCUCCGAAAAGCCCAGAGUCCGGUGUCCCGCGAGUGCGCGUGGUGACAGCGCCUCGGUCGUUGGGUUUCGGAGUGGAGAAGUUCCUCUGGCUGGCCUCACAGUUCUGUCUUUCAGGCUCGCACACCCAGGUGUUUUGUUGCAAUUUACACUCCUUAGUCUCUGCUUCCCCUAAUGGUAGCUUAACCAACAUUUGAGCUUGCUUGAAAACAAAAUUCCAACCACGUUCCACGCCAUCGGUGUUCUGGACUUACUAAAAUAGAUAGCAAGGCAUGUCGUAGCGUAGGCUUGUGAAGCUCGGUAAUUAACGUUCUCACUAAAGUAAGCGGGCGAGGAUCCCAAACCGCCGGUGGGUGGACAAACCCAGCUCCCCUGGCUGCAGGCAGGAAGACGCUGGUUGUUAACCACAGCAAGGCAGCUGAAGAACUCCUUGGACCAGUGCAUGCGUCGAUGCCGCGUCUGCGUCUUGGCUUGUGAUUAGCGUUAGCAAAUUACCCAAGAUUAUUGCAUAAUCUCCACCAGCUUGCUUUGAUUUUUUUUUUUAUGUUGGAAGUUUUGGGUUGUUGACAGUAGCCGAAUUUAACUGGCGUUUUAUUUGACCUCUAACUCUGUCCCCCUGAACUGUACAGAAACCACAAAAUAAAACGUCAACAGUCGAA